ACAUAUAAACUCACAGAAAGAAAGAAACAAACAAACAAAGAAAGAAGAUAAAUGACAAAAAACGAAUGAAGGAAUUUAAAGACCGUUGAAAAAUUAGUGUGUGUGUUCGUGCGUACGUGUGUGUUCCGCCAAUUAGCUUGGAACAGCCCCCGUCAAGGAUACGAGAGAGAGAGAGAGAGAGAGAGAGAGAGAGAGAGAGAGAGAGAGAGAGAGAGAGAGAGCGUGUGUUUUGCAUCAGCUGUGAGAGGAAGAGACAAGAGGAGGAGGAGCAGAGGAAGAGGAGAAGGAGGACGAGGACGAAGAAGAAGAGGGCAAGACUGAAAGUAAAAGAAGAAGAAGAAGAAGAAGAGGAGGAGGAGGAGGAGGAGGGAUUAGAAGAAGAUAGAAAUAAAUGAAGAAAACAAGGAAAAACUAAAACAAAACAAAAAACAAUAAAAUAAUAAAUAAAACGGUGAAGACGAUAAAAAAAGAUCAACAAAAACACAAAAAUAACCAUAAAUUGAAGCAAACACUAAAGAAAACAAAGGAAAAAGAAGAAAAAAAAAUAUACAAGACAUUUCAAACACACACACGCAGAUUCCCACAUCCUCCCAAUACUCCCACGCCCUGCCAGCCCCUCCUACGUCAGUCAGCCACGCCCACAGCACCAUGAAGAGUGUGGGCGCGGGCGUGGUGCUGCUGGACACACACGGGGGUUACCUGGACCUCACACCUGGCGCCUUGGAGCAACUCAUUAGCAAAGAACCAAUUAAUCACCAUUAUGAAGUGGAACAGACCCCAUUCGCCAGAGGCAAAUUCGCGGCCGUCAGACGCGCGCGAUGCCUCAGGUCGGGCACGUGGUACGCAGCCAAGGUCAUGAGGAAGCGAAGGAGGGCGCAGGAUGUCCGCCAUGAGAUCCUACAUGAGGCUGCUAUAUUGCUGCUGGCUCGCCCCUCUUCCCGCAUCGUCUCCCUUCAUCAGCUCUACGAAACCACCUCUGAGAUUAUUUUAGUCCUAGAGUUGGCGGAGGGCGGGGAGCUGCAGAGGGUGAUAGACGAAGAGGAGAGCUUGGGUGAGGAGGCAGUGAGGCGCUACAUGACCAACAUCCUGGCCGCCUUAAGGUUCCUGCACGCCCACAACAUCGCCCACCUCGACCUCAAGCCUCAGAACCUUCUCCUCAUGGGCCAGCAUCCAGGAAGCGAGGUGAAGCUGUGUGAUUUUGGAAUAUCUCGCAUAAUUCUCUCGGAUAUUGAAGUGAGAGAGGUGCUGGGAACGCCGGAUUAUGUGGCCCCUGAAAUCCUGCAAUAUGAGCCCAUCAGUUUGGCGACCGACAUGUGGUCCGUAGGGGUACUCGCCUAUGUGCUGCUGACGGGACACUCGCCCUUCGGAGGCAACACGAAGCAAGAGACCUUCCUCAACAUCUCGCAGGGCCACGUGGACUUCCCAGAGGAGCUUUUUGAAGGCGUCUCAGAACCCGCCAUGGACUUCAUCACUAGACUCUUGAUUGUGGAACCUGGAUGCCGAAUGAACGUACAGGAAGCGAUGGAACACGUGUGGCUUAGCUCUUUACAGCCCCCAGCACGCCCUGCUCCACCCCCCACACACACGGUCCCUUCCAGCCCCUGCACCCCUGUCAAGACCCCUCCCUACUCCUCAGCCUGUUAGUCCUAGUGGUAUGGCCUCCUACCACUACAUAUCCUCCGGUAGCAGUAGUAGUAGCAGUAGUAGUAGUAGUAGUAGUAGUAGUAGUAGUAGUCAGCCAACCACACCUCCAUCUAGACGUGUUACGAAUAAGGAAAACAACAGGAAUAUGAUGAACAAAACUGAGACUGUUAUCCCUGCCGCCCCCACUCCCCUGCUAAGCCACGCCCCCGCACCCCCCACACCCCCCACCAAGACAAGGGGAGAAGGGACGGGGAGGGGUCAAGGAAGGUACAAGCCACAGGGAAGGAGAAUAAAGAGGUGAAGGAGAAGCACAGAUCAUCGCCACUGUGUCUCCGGCCUAACUGUGACCUCAACAGCCCCGGUGACCAAAGUGUGGGUCAGGACAGGGGUCAGUUAGUAUUAUCCUGGAGAAGAGUAUUAUCUGUUGACCUUUGACCUGUGACCUUGUGUGAUGUAAGAAUGAGAUCAUUUUUUUAUCAUUAUUUUUUUAGUUUUGUUUAGUUUGUCUUAUUUUUAAGGUCUUCAAGGGUGUUUUUGUAAAGGUCCCUGGUCCAGUGAGUGUGCAGUGGUUCAACAGGUUCUAGAGGAGGUUAUAGUGAUUUUCAAGGGUGCUUUUGUGGUUCCAGUGCAGGGGGUCACAAGAUCUCUAUGGGGUUCUUAAAUUGGUGACCUGAUAACAUCCUUUGCAUUACCAUUGGGAUAUUGAGUUUGUCAGUCACUACAACACUGCUCGAUGUGAGACUACUGGGGGUUCAAGUAGAUGGUCUUAUCACUCAGGGGAAUUACUAACCAGAAAAGCAUUGAGAACCUGUGCUAGUGGGGUUUUCAAGGGUGGUAUUGUGGUUUUAGUGACAGUUUAAAAGGAUCUAGUGGAAGUUAUUGGCUUUCAUGAUUCUGUUGUUGACAAGCACAUCUUUAAAGCAAGAAGCAAAAACACCCAUGAAAAUAUGUGAAGCCAUCUUUGUAGCCUUAAAAAACAGUCCUAACAAGGGAGACCAAUGACCUUACCUGACCUUGAUCAAUCCAUGCCACUGUCUCUUGCUCUAAAAAGAAAAAAAAAGGUCAAACAAGAGACUAGAUCAUUCCCUUCAUGCCACUGUCUCUUGCUCUAAAAAAGGUCAAAUAAGAGACUAAUGACCUUACCUGACCUUGAUCAUUCUCUUCAUGCCACUGUGUCUUGCUCUAAUUAAAAAAGGUCAAACAAAGACUAACUUGACCUUACCUGACCUUGAUCAUUCUCUUCAUGCCACUGUUUCUUGUUCUAAUUAAAAAAGGUCAAACAAGACUAAUGACCUUACCUGACCUUGAUCAAUCCCUUCAUGCCACUGUUUCUUGCCCUAAUUAAAAAAGGUCAGAGACUAACUUGACCUUACCUGACCUUGAUCAAUCCCUUUAUGCCACUGUCUCUUGCUCCAAUUAGAAAAAAGGUCAAACAAGACUAAUGACCUUACCUGACCUUGAUCAUUCUCUUCAUACCACUGUCUCUUGCUCUAAUUAAAAAAAGGUCAGACGAGAGACUAAUGACCUUACCUGACCUUGAUCAAUCCCUUCAUGCCACUGUCUCUUGCUCUAAUUAAA